CCUCCAAAAGCCCAAUCGAGAAUCCGAGUAGAAAGGGAACGUCUUUUUGAGAGAAACGUUUUGAAUUCCACCCCAAUCGCCCGCAAGAAGGCCAGAGUCCGUCGCAUCAAUCAUCGCGAGGCGUCCGAUUUCCGCCUAUCCCAGCCGAGGGACCCACCCCAAGCGGUGGAACUAUCAAUCCGGCCCCAACAGCAUCGCCAAUUGGAGAGUUCGUGUCUCGUUCCCUGGAGAUUCACGAGAGAAACGACGCGGACCCUUUUCUUCGUUCGAUCCAACGUUGUCGAUUUCGCAGCGCCUGCCUCGCCUUGCCUUCGACUUUUUUGGGAAGGUCAGUGGACGAAUUGAUUGCCCGAAGAAAGACCUUCUCGGACCAGUUGAAGACCACGUUCGGGCGAGAUUCAAUUCAUUAAAAAAGCUCGGGGGUUGUACUUCUUCUGGGUUGAUCCAAGGUGGGUUGGUGAAUCAGUCAUCAAUUUCGGGGUCUCUUCUGGCCAUGAGGGUGGGCAUAUAUUCUGGAAGCGAGACAAUUGGAACUUGAUGAAUUUUUGGUUAGCUGUUGCUAUUCUUUUUGCAACUUCUAGCUCUGUGACUUGUGUUUGUGCGGGUUGACUUCAAAAUGGGAACCCCCAUACGCAUUGGAAAUAUAAGAAAGCCGAACGAAACAAUGAGGCUUCUGGUUACAACUUUCAUAGGAGUUGUUUUUGGCUUCUUCCUUGGUGUUUCCUUUCCAACACUCUCAUUGACCAAGUUAAAUCUCCCGUCAGCACUUUUUCCUUCAAUUGAUUUCACAUAUAUCGAGGACAAAUACUCGGGCCUUUCAACUCAGGCGCUUUUGAAUGCCUGGUCUUCUUUGAAGGGAAAUGGAGGGAGUUCAACUCCAAUUCUAGAAUUUAAUAGCUCGAAGAUUUGGGUUCCAACAAACCCUCAUGGUGCUGAAAGACUCCCUCCAGGGAUCAUUGCUACUGAGUCGGACUUAUAUCUACGCAGACUAUGGGGUCUACCCAGUGAGGACUUAAUGACCAAACCAAAGUAUCUUGUGACCUUUACCGUUGGCUAUGAACAGAGGAAAAACAUUGAUGCAGCAGUUAAGAAGUUUUCAAAAGAUUUCACCAUCAUGUUAUUCCACUAUGAUGGUCGAACAACUGAAUGGGAUGAAUUUGAUUGGUCAAAGACAGCUAUUCACGUGAGUGUUCGGAAGCAAACUAAAUGGUGGUAUGCCAAACGUUUUCUCCAUCCUAAUAUUGUGGCAGCAUAUGAUUACAUAUUUAUCUGGGAUGAGGACCUGGGAGUGGAGCAUUUUGAUGCAGAAGAGUACAUAAGAUUGGUAGAGAAACAUGGCUUAGAUAUUUCCCAGCCUGGUUUAGAACCAAACAGUGGACUGACAUGGCAGAUGACAAAGAGGAGAGGAGACAGUGAAGUUCACAAAGAUACAGAGGAGAGACCUGGCUGGUGCAGGGAUCCCCACUUGCCACCUUGUGCAGCAUUCGUGGAGAUCAUGGCACCUGUGUUUUCUCGAGAGGCCUGGCGUUGUGUUUGGCACAUGAUUCAGAAUGACUUGGUUCAUGGAUGGGGUUUGGAUUUCGCCUUGAGAAAGUGUGUGGAGCCUGCUCAUGAGAAAAUAGGAGUUGUUGAUGCUCAAUGGAUAGUUCAUCAAGGUGUGCCAUCCCUCGGCAACCAGGGGCAAUCCGAGAGUGGAAGGGCACCAUGGGAAGGGGUCAGAGAGCGAUGUAGGAGAGAGUGGACGAUGUUCCAAGAACGGGUAGCGAAUGCAGAGAGGGCUUAUUUCCUGGCCAUGGGAAUGGAUCCUCCUAAUUCCACAGCUCGUUAAGUGGCACGAUGCGGACAAUGACAGAUGAUGAUGUCCUUUGUAGGGUUAUAACCUUAGCUGGCUGACGGUUUUGUAACCUCAAUGUAACUGGGUGAGCUCGAGAAAUCCCAGGAAACUGUUUUGGUGGUUGUUUUGUCAAUGAGAAAAGGUCUCCUCUGGUUUCCAAGAGGUCGACGGUGUUCUUGGGCAUGCUCUGAAGUCUUCUUCAUGGUUGCCCAGUGUUGGAGAUCAGCAUGACUUCGCUCAUAAAAGGUCGAUUCGUUUGGCAUAUGACAUGCAAGUGGUGAGGGCGAGAGAUCAGAGGGAUUGUACCAUAUCUGUAAGAAUUACAUGCAUUUGAGCCUUUCUUGCAAACUUGCCGAAUUGGGGCAGCGCUUUGUAUUCGUGUCGAUUGGUAUCGGUAUCAGAAGAU